AUGCCCGAGUUUGACGACGUGAUUCUGCCUGCUCAUUAUCGGCCGCAGCUCGACUACUCGCCUGUUUCAGCUGUUGAACGAUAUACAGUUCUUCUUAAAGAUGGCGAAACAACCGCUACUAUCUAUCCGAUCCAAAGUCCAAGCGAGCUUCCGCCUGGGCUUUUAGCAUUUCUUUGUGAUGAGUUCAACAUGGAAGUGGAGCGUGGAGACACGUUUGCGUUUUUUGACACGUUGCAUAUUGAUGCUUUUCAAAACUACUGGUUCGGGGCGUUUGCAGGUGUUAUGGUCUUGGGUGACGCGCCAACGUUGGAGGGCCCCAAACAGUGGGAAAAGUACUGUCUUGGAACAUUCUUCAUCAAGCCCAACUACCCUGGUAGAGCUUCUCACGUAUGUACAGCGGGCUUUUUGGUCAAUGCUGGUAUUAGGGGCAAGGGGAUUGGGCGUACUUUGACAGAUUGUUUUUUGCAAUGGGCGCCGCGUCUCGGUUACACGUAUUGUGUUUUCAACUUGGUUUUUGAGACGAACGUGCCUGCUCGGCGAAUUUGGGAGCUGCUCAACUUUAAACGAAUUGGCCGAGUCAAGUCGGCAGGUAUUUUGAAGGGCCACGAUACUGCUGUAGAUGCAAUCAUCUAUGGCCGCGAGUUGGUGACCGUAUCAGAUUCGUCCAUGGGCGCAUAUCGCUUUGAUCGCAUCCGUUUUUACUUGGAAACAGGAAAGUACCCGGCUAUGUCAGAUCGUCUGGAGAAGCUGCGGCUCCGGUCAUCGGCUUCGCAUUACCGUAUCGAGGACGGGAAGCUUAAACUUCGCGAUCGUGAGGUAGUGAGUGACCCUGUUCGUCAACUCCAAAUUUGCACGGAGCUCCACAUGGCCAACCACGGCGGGAUUAAUAAAACCACAGCUGCUGUGACAGAAAAAUACCACUGGACACGAAUAAAAGAUACAGUGUCUGCCGCCAUUAAGAACUGCGUCACAUGCAGUGAGUCUGCUAAAGAAGAAGUACACAUGAAGCGGCCAAAGAGGACAGAGAGACCCCCUGCAGCAAAACCUCUGCGGCCUAAUGUGCGUCAAAAUGAUGAUAUGCUCCACUUAACCGGUAGAGGUGACUUGCUUCCGCACGACUUGGGUUUGGAUGACGGUUUGAUGGCUGUUGUGGAGGCUGCACAAAAGAGACAGCCCCCUCGACGUGAUCAUAGUUCGCCGCCCACAUAUGCAGCAGUGGCAGCAGGUGCAGUGGGAAAUCAUGCGAACCAGUUCUACUCUGGUGACUACCACUACAAGGAACGCAAUGGGCGUGAACAUGUACCGGUAGAUCCCGAUGUGUCUGUGUUUGAUCAUAAUUCUGGGGGUGACGAGAUUGAGAUAGCACGAGCGUUGGUACACAAUGAUGACGAGCAGGAGCGGCGGAAGGACACCAAUGGUGACGUGACGAAUAUGUUUUUCAAGAAUGACUAG